AUGAUGUUUGGAUCUUAUAAAAAAUAUUUUUUACAAUUUGCUGCUGCUACGCCCGCUUUGCUGACUGUGUUAUCAUUUGCAACUCAUCUGGGAUGGACCUCACCAGCUUUACGCCAAUAUUUAUCCGGAGAAGCACCAAUAACAUUAACAAGCGAUGAAGGCUCAUGGUUCGUAUCAAUUAUCAGUAUUGGUUGUAUUGCAGGCCUGCUAGGAAUGAUGUUAACAUCCAAUAUUGUUGGACGUAAAUUAACAAUGGUAGUGGUCACUGUUCCAUUACUUGCGGGAUGGCUAUUAAUAAUAAUCGCAAAAAAUGUCACGGUAUUAUAUAUUGCACGAUUAAUAGCCGGUUUUGGAAUGGGCAUGUCAGCAACGGCUGUUCCAAUUUAUACCGGUGAAAUAGCAACAGAUGAUUUACGCAGCGCAUUAAGUUCAAGCUUUCAAAUAAUGUUAGCAUCUGGACCAAUAAUUGAAUAUUCGAUAGUACCAUUUAUGACAGUAACCAAUACAGCGGCACUAUCAGCCAUAUUACCCUUGGUUAUUCUGUUGAUGAUUUACUGGAUGCCAGAAUCUCCAUACUAUUUACUAAUGAAGAACAAAGAAGAUGAAGCGAAAAAAGUUCUAAGUAAGUUACGUGGCAGUACUGAAGUGGAUAAUGAAUUAUCAUUAAUGAAAAAAACAGUAAAAUAUCAGAUGGCAAAUCGGAGUACAUUUAUUGAACUCUUCAGAAGGCGAAAUAAUCGACGUGGUUUAUUUAUCAUGUUUGGAAUGUACACAAUUCAAGCUUCUUGUGGAACAGUAGUAAUAUUAUUUUAUGCGCAUGUUAUUUUUGAAAAAAUACACUUUGAUAAAGUCUCACCCAAUAUUUUAGCACUAUUAAUGAUUAUAUUACCGUGUGUUUCAAGUUGCAUAUCCACUGGCUUAGUGGAACAUAUUGGAAAGAAACCGUUAUUAAUUGUAUCGUUAACUUUAUGUUUUCUGUGUAUGUUAUGUAUCGGCCUAUUUUUUCAUUUCCAAUCGUUAUCGUAUGACGUAAUGUCAAUUAGUUGGUUACCUGCAAUGUGUUUAAUUGGUUUUAAAUUCGUUCAUGGAUUGGGAAUUGCUGGUAUACCAUUCAUACAAUUAGGUGAAUUAUUUUCAGCGAAUAUUAAGGUACAUGCGGUCUGUACAUGUAAAUGUUACUUAUUCAUUUUACAUUUUUGCUCGAAUAAAUUAUUUCAAAUAUUGUCAGAUAAUUUAGGUUUUUUUGUACCAUUUUAUAUAUUUGCUGGAUUUAGUUUAUUUGGUGUUGUGUUUACAAUUUUUUGCGUACCAGAAACAACAGGAAAAUCAUUACAUGAAAUACAACUACUAUUAGGUGCGAAAUAUGCAGAUGAUGCAAAUGCGAUGAAUAAUACGCAAAUAAAGGAUGUUAAAGUUAAUGGGACUGAAACGAAUGGAGAAAAUAAUUUACAGCUUAAAGAGGUUAAAGUUAAUGGUACUAAUAAGAAUGGUAUUAAAGUGGAUAAUCGUACAACAAAGUGUUAAUUAGUAAAUAAAUUUUAGAACUUUUUCUUAGAUACUUCUAUUCCAUCAAAAUUACGUAAAAUGCGUAAAUUAAAGUGAAGUUCACAGUUCUUGGCACACGCAUUUUGAUGGUUUGUGUUGACCUAAGGUACAGAAAGUUGAUGUCCAAGUAUAAAUCCUCAUCCGCUAAGUAUGAUCAUGUUAACUGAGUCAUACUUAAUAAUUAAUAUUGGC